GAUAUUUUUGACGUUGAUCAUUUCAUUGAUUAUCUGAUGGAUGACGUUAGAAUUGUUCGUGAUAUACCUAAGUGGUUUACUGACAAAAAUGAGUUGUUCACAAGCAUAAGGCGGACAGUGAAGAAUAUUCCAAAAUAUGGACCAGCCCAGUUCUACAUUGACAAUGUGUUGCCUCUGAUCAAGGAGAAGAAAAUAAUGUCACUUAAGCCAUUUGUUGAUCGACUUGGGUAUGACAACGUGCCUCAAGAAAUCAACAAGUUGAGGGCUCUCCAUCUUAGAUUUGAGAAAGGGAUGGUCGGUUUGUCCUUCUGUGAUUUCGUGGGGACGAGUGAUGAGAAAGUUAAGAUGGCUGAGCACAGGAAGAAAGAAUGGCCUAGGCAUUUUAAGGUCUACGGUGGUCAAAACCGAAUGGCUCCACUGAGAAACAUGUUCUCAAAUCUGGUAACAAAGGAGGAGCUAGCUAUUAGUGACGAGUUGACCAGUUUCAGGAAGCACGUGACGAGCUUGGAAGCACUCUCCUUCCUGGUGUGCUUGAAGUCGAAUGUCUUUGUCAUGACCCACAGAGGCAACUUCGCGAAACUAAUCAUCGGAGCACGUAGGUACAUGGGCCACCGUUAGAAGUCCAUAAAACCAGACAAAGGGAUCAUGUCAAAAUCCUUUGGGGAUCCAUACAUGGGGUGGGCGGCGUUUGUGGAGUACGUGGUGGUGACUCAUCAGAUGAGAAUUGGGUUGCCGGAGGAGACGUUCCCCAACUAUGAUCUUUGGGAGAAUCCUCUGAAUCCAUGCAUGUGUAAAGCUUAGACAACAUAUUAUUCCUUCCCGAAAGCCUGAUUUUGCUUGAAAGGUUGAAGGCCGUGAGCGAUUGAACACGAAAGAGUAAGUGCAUAUAAGAAGACGAGGAGAUGAAGGAGACUGCAUCAUCUCCAUCUAUUGUAAGUUCAUUUGGUCUCAGUUGCUGUGCCUCCUAAUAGUAUUCUUUUACAGGCGCCUAUUCUCUUAUAGGCAGGGCGCCUCCAAUGUAAGGUCGAGCCAAGAAAUUGGAUGGAUUUAA